CUCUCUAGCACGCACAGACACACACACACCAAGCCAGCGAGUGGGGGAGUCGCACCAAGCACAUCACGAGUCCACACGGCUCAAGUGCAAAGGCGACGAACUCACUUUGGGGGUGGGGAGGGUGGGGAGUCUCCGCGCAGAUUUUCUGCGUGGGCAGUAGGCGAGAGCGUGUGUGCUGCCGGCACCGGAGUUACCUGUUCCGCAGCUUGCCUGCUCACUUGCGCGUUGGAACAGCCACCACCCUCUCGCUGCUGCGGCUCCCAGCGGGGCCCUUGUGGAGCUCCUUGUGGCUUUGCGCUCCCUCCGCCGCUGCGAGCGUGGUUUGGUUUUGAGUCGCCCCCCCUCCCCCCCCCAAGUCGGUCGCGCACUCCCGAGUCGCUCGUGGCCGUUGCGAUUUGGACAUCGGGAGGUCGGAGACUCCGUGAGCGUCGUCUGCAGCUGCCGCGGUUCAGCAAGACCCCCGCAAAAAAAAAGGAAGCGAAGGAGCCGGCGACGAGGGUUGAUCAUCGAAGCGUGAUUUGCGGUUGCCGCGUGCGCUUCAACUCGUCCGUGGACAUUGAGAGCCGGGCGGGAGGUUUGGGGUGUUUAUUGUAAGCGGAGGGAAGUUGUCUGCCUCACUAGCCGAGAGCAUCCAAGCGGUCGCGACUCGGCGAGAGAAGUUCUUCUCGCUGCAGCCAGAGCGGACUUUGCUUCUGCCGCCCCUCCCUCCACGCGAGAUGAAAGCUCGCGAGUCUCGGAGUGCCGUGCCCUGCCCCAGGGAUGUCUGAGGCCACGGAAGAUAUCGGCACCGACGCGGCGUUGGAGGGGCAGCUGAAUGGAUUGUCUUCGUGUCGCGUUAACGCAGAGCUUCGACAGCACGGGGGAGCCGAAGGGGCCCGGGAGGAGAUGGGAGAUGCUGCGGAAGAGAUCGAGAGCCCUGCUCCUUCCGCAGAGCCGUCGUUUCGGGGGCUCGCGUGGCCCACGCCCUCGCGGCCGCGGCACGAGGCUCUCGCGGGAUCCCCUGACGGCGCGGCCGAGAACGGAGGCGGCGGAACGCUUCUCCGCCACGCCGGCCGGCCCGCGGCGGAGGCAUGCGGCGCCGGCGGGCAGUGCUCGGCCGCGGACACGGUCAAGCUGCGGGAGCCGCUGAACGAGCGCCUCUCGGACUCCAUGGACGCCCGCGGCCCCUGCGACGGCCACGGGGGGAGGAGGCGGGCUAGCGUCGUGGGCGGCCUCGACUACGCGGACGGCUGCGCCCGCGGAGACGCCGCGGGGAUUGCGGCCCCGACGUUGGCGGAUGCCUGGAGGGUCAGGCAAGAGCGGGCGGCUGCGGGUGGCCACACGGAGGGCUGGCAGGAGCAGCACUAUCGGAGAGCGCCAGGCCCAAGAACGCAGGUCUCCACGGACUCGGAGAAGCAGAUCGAGGUGCUGCGUGUCGACAACGAGCGCCUGCGCAGGAGGCUGGCGGCACGCGAGCCUCCGUCGCCCACGACGGCGCUCCCCGAGACGGCUCACCAGGGCCUGCACCUUGAGAACUUGCGGCUCAAGUCGCGGGUCGCUCAGCUGGAGGACGACCUCAAGCGGAGGCUCGAGAGGCUGGAGGAGCUGGAGCAACCCGGCGUCAGGGCAGCACAGCAACAGGGACAGGGCAAGGAGACUGGCUCGGCAGGGCAGCCCAGGAGCCCGCCGCCGCUGCUCAGCAACGGGAAGAUGAUGUCACUCAUGAAGGGUAUGGGGAGGCCCAGGGACCCGGACCCCACGGGGGGGGGCAAGGCCCCCCACGCACUCAAGGCCGAGAACGCGGCGCUGCAGGACGAUCUGCGGCAGCUGCGGGGCGAACGGGAGCGGCUGCACAAGCUGCUGCAAGGAUCGCAGCGCACAGAGCGGCACCUCCGCUUGCAGCUGGAGGCGGCGGAGCAGGAGGCCGCCCUGACGCGGCGGGAGUUCCGCGAGGAGCUGGAGCGCCUCGAGGAGCUGCAGGAGCGAGCGGUGGCCGAGACGGCGCUCGCCUCGCAGGCGGAGCUGUGCAGGGCGCACACCUACGUGCUGGAGGUGCAGGACCGGCUGACGUCGCUCGGCCCGGCGCUGCUGUCCCUGGCGAGCGACUACCGUAGCUUGAAGGAGGAGACCAAGAGCUUCCCCCAGCUGCUGGAGACCGGCGUGGCCAACGUGGAGACCCAGGAGAUUUCUGUGCCGCCCGUGUGCUCGCCGCGGCAGCUGGCGCGGGCCGUGGAGGAGAUGUCGAAGCGGUGCGACGAGAUGGAGCGGCGGUACCAGCGGGAGAUGGUGCUGAGAAAGAAAUACCACAACCAGCUGGUGGAGCUGCGGGGCAACAUCCGCGUGCUGUGCCGCGUGCGUCCGGCGAUCGAGGAGGACGGGGAGGGCACGCUGGCGCACAGCGUGGUGCAGGUGGACACCGAGGACGACGGCGCGGUGCACGUGGCGCAGCGAGGGCGCCAGCACUCCUUCCAGCUUGACCGUGUCUUCCCCCCGCACGCCUCCCAGGAGGAGGUGUUCAGGGAGGUACAGGACCUGGUGACGUCCUGCGUGGACGGCUACAACAUCUGCAUCUUUGCCUACGGCCAGACGGGCUCGGGCAAGACGUACACCAUGGAGGGCACGGCCAAGGCGCCUGGGAUCAACCAGCGAGCGCUGCAGCACCUCUUCCAGGAGAUGGAAGAGCGGCAGGAUGAGUGGCGGUACACGCUGUCGCUCAGCAUGCUGGAGAUUUACAACGAGACCCUGCGGGAUCUGCUCGGGAGCGAGGGGCACGGCCGCUUGGACAUCCGACUGUGCCCCGAUGGCAGCGGGGAGCUGUGUGUGCCCGGCUUGCGGCAGGAGCCCGUGACCUCGCUCGGCGACGUCCACAGGCUGGUGUCCCUGGGCCACAGCAACCGUGCCACGCACUGCACCAACAUGAACGAGCACAGCUCGCGCUCCCACGCUCUCAUCCUGGUCACCGUCAGCGCCACCAACUCCAUCACGGGCACCAGCACACGAGGGAGGCUGAACCUGGUGGACCUGGCGGGCUCGGAGCGGCUCGCCAAGUCGCGGGCCGAGGGCGACCGUCUCCGCGAGGCCCAGAACAUCAACCGCUCGCUGGCCGCGCUCGGCGACGUGAUCCAGGCGCUGCGGGCCAAGCAGGCGCACGUCCCCUUCCGGAACUCGAAGCUCACGUACCUCCUGCAAGACUCGCUGGCCCGGGAGAGCAAGACGCUCAUGGUCAUCCAGGUGGCCCCGGCGGCGCGCCACGCGGCCGAGACGAUCUGCUCGCUGCACUUUGCGCAGCGCGCGCGCGCUGUGGAGCUGGGUCCCGCCACCCGCCGGGUCGAGCCGCCGGACGCGACGAUGCCAGCGGAGGUGAAGGGAAAACUUUCGAGAAUAUGAAGAGCGGAAGCUGCCGGAGCCUGGAUUCUCUUGGAGAGAUUUUCCAUGGCGAGCACAGCUGUCUCUGGGAUGUUGGACAAGAGGAUCAUUCCCCAACUCGUCUGGCAAGAUUGGCAGAUACAGCACCAAGAGGAAUGGACUCUGAUGAACUUGUUUCCAGCGUUGUCUUGGUAUCUCUGCUGGUAUUACAAGAUGCCCGGACACAGGUUCUUAACCGGUGCUCUGCAUAAGCAAACUAAGCAAAAGUUUAGGCCUCCAUGAAGCACAAGGAGCCGCGGAUUAAUGAAAAAUCAGGGUGCAUCAAAUAUGAGCUUGAAUUUAAAUCCUAAUGAACAGACCAAUUAACACAACAAACCUAGUAAUUUAUCUCACGUCAAUCUUAUCUGCAUCUCUCUCUCCCGCAAUCUCACCACCCCUCUAUUUUGAUCUACAUCUCUUAUCUCUAGUCUCUCAUCCCUUCUGUCAUCUCACUAUGAUUUUUAUAAAUUUUGAAUGGGGAACGGGGGCCUCACAAAUUUAAUUUCUGCCUGGGGCCCCCAGUGGGCUUGCAUCACCACUGCUCUUAACGUCUCAGAGUGGUGCGGCAGCCACACAGACCUGGUGUGACAUACGGAACAUGGAGCAUCUGUUGGUCUGUCAGCUCCCCUGCACUGUGAAGGAGCUUGCCUGGGCUACAGACCCAGGCCACAUUAUCAUCACGAGCCAUGGUCUAUCAACUGCUGGUAAUAUAAUGCACCCGAUACCGGAGAGAACUACAAGACAACAACCCCCAACACGCAAGUGCCUAUUGCUCACAGGCGUCUGGCCGUGACCCCAUGUCCAGCGGACUCUUGACAAGCAAACGGCGUGGGACACAGGCGAUCUCUCUCGCUGCGUUCGAGGGCUCCGCUCCGUGCCUGCCUGCCCGACCAACCUCUGAGAGUGCAAUCACCACCAUCACCGCCGCCGCCGCCACUGCUGCUGCCUUUUGCGACAUCGGAGAGGUGUGGAAGCUGACUUGCCUCACCGGGCAACCCAGCUGGGAACUGAGAAACGAGGUCACCGAACGGACCAAGCUGACGGGUGUGUCCAGAAACACAAGGUUGUUUUUUGUUUGUUUAUAAAGUGUGCGUACGUGCCUAUGAUCUAAUCACCCGCAAUGCACCCGAUGCCCGUCAGAUUUUAGACGAAGAGCAGGGUUGGGCCUAGAUAGUGCUUGGAUGGGUGACUGUGCCAUACCUUACAGGUUUCUUCAUAGGUUGCUUCAGAGAUGGGAUCUGGGUCAUGGAGGGGCAGUGCAAUAAAAUUGUUGUACUGCGCUUCUAUGCUUCCACGUCUAUGCCGCCCACCCCGACAAAGCGCGUACUCUCCCGCGUGAAGUAUGCUAAAAAAAAUCUCCGCGACCGAGCGUUGAUCAAUUCAGCGGUGCUGUGCUUACAGGGCGGACGCGUUUACAAAUGCAGUGACCGAACGCACAUUCCGUGCGAACAAAUAUUUAUUUAAAAAUAAAAUUUGCUCUGGUUUUCUUUUGGGUGGGGGGGGGGAAUAACGAAACUGCAAAGUGUUUGAGAAAUAAACCUUAACCAGCCAAAAGUGUUGUGUUGGCAAUGCAGCUUUGAGACAUGGAGCGCCUUUUUAUCUUCUCAUUAAAAUUGUGCACGUGAGCAAACUCCUGCGUACGCAAAAUCUCGUUUGUGCGUCAGGCACGUCGUUUGAUUUUAAAUUAAAUUUGUAUCAGCGCUUUAUAUGAUAUAACUGAGGAUUUCUACCGAUUUUAAUGUGCACAUUUUUCUACGUUGCCGUUGUUGAUAGCCACGGCAUCGUGAAAGUACGAGGAUGUCGUACGUGUAGCCAUACGACAAUGCCGCAUCUUUGAUAUGUACCGUAUAUACUAUGUAUACUCUGUAUUCGUAUGCGUGACUAUUAAAAUGACCACAUUUUUCCCAA